AUGAAAUAAGUGCCAUCAGCAAGUGAGUAUUCUAUAUUACGAAAAGUUCAAAACCUCCACACUCACACUCAACCCAAAGAAUCCAAUUUAACAUUGGGACGCACUACUAGUUAUGAGUCUGGUCAAUUCUGCAAGAGUUUCGACAUUAUGGCAUUUCGAAGAGCCUCCACUAAAGAAGAUAUUAACAAUGCUCUACAAGGAAAGAACUAAGGGAGUCCCAUAGAAACACAUGCGAUCAGUAACCUCAAUUCAAUUAAUCCUUCGUCCCACAUUGAGAUGGAUCAAUUGCAGACCAAAGUGUGGAAAUCCCUGCAAAAACAGUCCUUGGUAUUUGAUUGUAAUAUUAUCAAGUAAAAGGCAUAUUUGAUCGACAUAAUUGUGUUAUUGCAAAACCAAAAUGAAUACGAAUUUAAAUUUGACAUAAGCCAGCUUUCGUGUUUUCUCAUGGUUAAAGACUUAUCUAACAUAAUUUCAUAAGCCUACUGGGAUAGAGUGAACAAAUCUCAUUUGAAAUUUGCUCUUCCUUAUUUAUCUAUCUUAGUGGGCAAAGUGAAAACCCAGAAACUCGAUGGCAACAUGAGGCUCUUUGAACUAGUACACAUAUUGCUGAACGGUCAAAAGACUCUUAUUUUAUCAGAAUCAACUCAACAAAUUUGA